AUGGCGGACACAGAUUCGGUUUUCGAAUUCUUGCACAUGCAGAUUGUAGAGUAUAUACACGACGUUCAUGGCAAAGAAAGCGAGGUACAGAAUUGAGCGAGGAUUUAUUCAUGGCUAGUUGAACGAAUUAUUGCCAUAUUGCAUUUUUCUUUUUUUUUUUUUUUUUAAAUUAGUGAUCACUGACUUUCGCUGUCACUUUUGCAGUUUUGCUUUGACUUUGUUUACGUUUUGCUUGUAGACAAGUUGUAUGUUUGUUAGCUCCCAAAAGAGCUUCAGUUUUUGUGAUGUAAUCUUAUAAUCUCCUGAGAAUAGAUGUAUUGUAUAACAUGAAUUUGUCCGCCAGCAAAAUGUAAACAAACCAAGCUUGGCAAGCUACUAAGCUAGUGUUAAAGCUAGGAAGCUUAGAGGCUAUAUCAGAACCUGUGACAACAUACUAGAUGAACUCGAAAGACUUGAUUGCACUUCCUUGGUUGAAACCGAAUAUUGAAAUAGAUGAAUAAUCCAAGUGAUGAUAUAUAACUCUUAAUGGUUGCGAAAAAUCGAAAAAUGUAACACUACGUGACUAGGUCCUCUGGUAGAAAUCGAGCCUGUGGCCGUGCAAUUCCUGUGCAGCGCUCUAACCAACUGAGCUAAUACACGCUUCCAGAAAGAAUGUCACCUUGGCUAUAGAGCCUUGUUUUUAAAAUUCAGACGUUCGGCGUAAACUAACUAAUGUCACAUAUCCAAAAACAAGACCCAUUUAAAUAGCCAAAGUGGACUACUUUCUGUAAGGGUGCAUUCUGGUAAACGCUUGCCAACUGGCCUGUAUUAUUUUACUUUGUCCACCACAAGACAAUUUUACUUGCCAAUGGAAGAGUGCUCUCAUAUAAUGGGUUUACAGUAAGCAAUAAAAAUAAUGGCCCCAGCCCUCUGUUAGAGUUCAACUGUAAAUUUCAAAUAGAACUGUUCACAAUGUUCUACCCAAAACAAUACAUAAGCCAUGAAUCUGGUAAAUGUCAAUAGUUCAACUGCUAAACACAUUUCUAACUCCCUCACCCCGCCCCACUUUUAUGUACAUAUUGAAUAUUGACAUAAAUAUUUUGAAUACAGAACAAUGCUACAACUAAAUUGGAAGAAAUGGGCUUUACCAUUGGACAAAGACUAGCAGAGAGGUAGGAUUAUAAUAACCAGGGCAGUAAUUGGUGUUAUUGCUAAAUGUUUAUCAUUUGUUUUGUUUAUUAAUUGUCUUCCAGAUUCACAAAGGAAACAGCAAGAUUUAAAGAUGAUUUAGACGUGAUGAAAUAUAUUUGUAAAGAAUUUUGGACUGCUUUAUACAAGAAACAGAUUGAUAACUUAAGAACAAACCAUCAGGUGCUAUAUAUAAUCGAAGCAUGGGCAGAUUUUUUGGGGGCGUAUCCCCCUCGAGGAAAUAUAAGCCCCUCCCUCAUCUUUCUUAGAAAAGGUCAGUACCAUUCCAUGCAUGUCCAAUGCCUACCUCCUACCAAAUCUGGAAUGGAAUAUGAUUUAUAAUGAUAUAAUUGUUAGUGUAAGGGCCCUGUAACUAAUUGCAGCCCCGUCAUCAGAUGAGCCGGAAUGUUUCGCUUUGACAAGGGAAUAAGGGAUAAUCUAGAAAUGUGUAGGGGAUAUUUACUGGAUAUGUAUGUAAAUUUGUACAUAUACAGUAAUAUAAAUAUUUUAUUUUAGGGUGUAUUUGUACUACAAGACAACAGAUUUAGAUUACUCACACAGAUCUCAGAUACUGAAGAGUUUAUUGUUCCUGCUGCAAAGGUUCUCUUUUUUUACCUAUGAAAUAUAGUUGCACUCAACUAGGAAUAUUAUAAAAUUAAAACACUACAAAAUAGUGCUGAUUUAGAAUGAAAUUUUUAGGUAAUAGAUAAUGAAUUACGAUUGCUAAUCUAAACAAAUCUUAAUGUAAAAAAACAUUGUGAAACUCGUUAAGUAAUAAUUCAUGAAGAAAACACAAAAGAAAUCAUGAGCGUGAAGGAGUUUGUAUAUCUGAUACAGAAUCAUGUUGAUUUACAUAAACUUUAAGUUCAGUUUUCUCACCAAAUAUCGUUCAUUUAUUUUAAAUUGUUGAAGAAUAUGAAUGUUCUCAUGAAGACGUUUCACAAGCCAUUUACAACACUCGCGUCCGUAUUGUGUUGGAUAUAUACAAACUCUCGCCUUUUGACUCGAAUUUGUAUAUUCUCGAGUUUGUAUAUCCAACACAACACGUCCGCUCAUGUUGUGAAUAGUAGUAAAAGAAAACAAGCAAAAUCCGCGUCAUUUGAAGUCCCUGAAUUUACUGAGAAACGUCUUUGAAAGUCCUUGAAUUCCGUCUUCACUAGAGGGUGGAAACCCUGCAUUGAUGCGCAUUUUGCUUGUUCACAGGUUUUCAACAAUGGUUUUUACUACAUCACCAAUGAUUUUUACCAUAUGUGGAAAUUGGGUUGCAAGCUGCAUGACGUGAACAUGGUUUUAAAAAAAGCUCUUUAUUUUUCUACAGUAUCUAUCGUUGCCAUGUGGGUUAAUCCGCGGUGCGUUAGCUAACUUAGGAAUACCAUCAAUUGUUGGUGCAGAAAUAACGACAAUGCCAAUGUGUAAGUAUAUUCACCUAUUAUUUCACUCAGCUAGCCCUGGUUGACUUGUGUAACACUGUACUGUAACAGAACUUUCGACUGGACAUGAAAAUUGGUUGACAAAUGUCCGGAAUAAAAUCCACUUGCCAUCAGGUCUAGUUUUGUCCUAACAUAUUAGCAAAAUUGGAAGCAAGUCAUUGCAGUAAGGAUUGCUUAAUCAACAUUCGAAUCCUAUGUUUUUCUUAACAAAGUCAUUUGAAGACUUAAUCAUGAAGUGAUGAUUUUAGCUUUUUUGCUCAAAAGAAUCAAAUGAACAGAAUGCAUAACAUACUGCAAACAAGCAAACAGUUUUGUGUAGCAACUAAUUUCUGGCAAAACAAUUUGCCCGAUCGGGCAUCCCAGGCAAAGGGAACUUCUACUUGCCCAUAAUGAUUUUUACUUGUUCUGGGCAAAGUUAAACCGAUCUUUUUAUGCUAGCCCUGAACAAAAUUUUUAUUUUCAAGUUAUACUGAAUAACAUAUUAUUAUCUUGUUUUCCAUAUAGGCAAAUUCACAAUCAACAUCCAGAAACAUUAAAGCAUUAGGGACCAGUCAUUAUUUAUGGCGGGGGGUGGCACCGAAGAGAAAUGUUUUUCGUGGCAAAAAUUUUGCUGACCCA